UUUCCAUUCCAGCUCGCGUGCUCCAAGCAGCAAGCGUCGUUGAGACGAUGCCCAUGGCAAGAAGAAGAAGAGGCACGGCGCUGGCGGCGCUCCUCGUUCUCGCUGCCUCCGCCGCGCUGUCCGUUCUCCCGGCGUGCCUCGCCGUGACGUCGCCGUACGUGCGCCCGGCGCCGAGGGCGACGCUGUCCCUGCUGCGCAAGGACGACGACGCCGACGGCCCGACGCCGCAGCAGGUGCAUAUAUCAGUGGUAGGGCCUGACAAGAUGAGGGUGGCAUGGAUCACCGACGACGACGCGCCGGCGAUCGUCGAGUAUGGCACGACGUCAGGCCAGUACCCUUUCUCCGCAACCGGAAACACGACGACCUACUCCUACGUCCUCUACAAAUCCGGGAAGAUCCACGACGCCGUCAUCGGCCCACUGCAGCCUAGCACGACCUACUACUACCGGUGCAGCUCCAACCCGUCACGCGAGUUCUCCUUCCGGACGCCGCCGGCCACACUCCCCUUCAAGUUCGUCAUCGUCGGUGACCUUGGCCAAACGGGAUGGACGGAUUCGACACUGAAGCACAUCGCGGCGGCCGACUACGACGUGCUCCUACUUCCCGGCGACCUGUCGUACGCCGACUCCAUCCAGCCACGGUGGGACUCGUACGGCCGCGUCGUGGAGCCUUUGGCGAGCGCGCGGCCAUGGAUGGUGACCCAGGGCAACCACGAGGUCGAGAAGCUCCCCCUCGUCGAGCCGACGCCCUUCAAGGCAUACAACGCGCGGUGGCGCAUGCCGUUCGACGCCGGCGCCACGCCGUCGGGCGGCAACCUCUACUACUCCUUCGACGUCGCCGGCGGCGCCGUGCACGUCAUCAUGCUGGGCUCCUACACCGACUACGCCGCGGGCAGCGCGCAGUACGAGUGGCUCCAGCGCUAUCUGGCGGCGGUCGGCCGCCGCGGCGGCACGGCGGCCUUCGUGGUGGCGCUGGUGCACGCGCCGUGGUACAGCAGCAACGAGGCGCACCGGGGGGACGGCGACGCCAUGCGCGCCGCCAUGGAGGAGCUUCUGUACGGCGGGCGCGUGGACGCCGUGUUCGCUGGGCACGUGCACGCGUACGAGAGGUUCGCGCGCGUGUACGGCGGGGAGGAGGACCCCUGCGCGCCGGUGUACGUCACCAUCGGCGACGGCGGCAACCGGGAGGGGCUGGCGGGGAAGUACGCGGACCCGCAGCCAGCGAUCUCGGCGUUCCGGGAGGCGAGCUUCGGGCACGGGCGGCUGGAAGUGGUGAAUGCCACGCACGCGCUGUGGGCAUGGCACCGCAACGACGACGACGAGGCGGUGCUCGCCGACCAGGUGUGGAUCACCAGCCUCGCCGCCAACCCGGCUUGCCAUCGAAGCAAGAACUAAUUACUGUAAUGCAUACAGUCUCGGUACCAAAUUAAUAGUCGAUUGAAUAUGCAACGGAAGAAGAUGAUUUUUAUACCAA